AGGAGGAAGGAAAACAAAUACAUGAAAUAAGAAGAAGAAAAAGGGGGGAGAGGGAGAUGGAUAUGGUAAUGAACAAGGUGGGCACGUACAUGCUCCAACAAAAUGCCAGCAAAGAGCUCUCAUCUGUCACCAACGAAAUCGGUUCAUUUACUCACGGGAUCGGAGGAGGUAAAAAAUGGCUGGUGGAUAAAGUAAAAGGAAAGAUGCAGAAACCACUCCCGAAUCUGCUGAAAGAGUACGACCUCCCAGUGGGCCUCUUCCCUCAAGACGUAUCAACCUACGAGUUCAAGGAGGGCACCAAGCAGCUGACCGUGAACUUACCGUUGGCAUGCGAGGUUCGCUACAGGGAUCAGUCCUUCGUGCGCUUCAACACGACCAUCACGGGGUUCCUCGAGAAGGGAAGGAUGUACGAUGUCGAGGGCAUCAAGACGAAGAUCAGCGUGAUUUGGCCGAUGGUCUCUUGCGUUACGACCGAAGGGACGAAGAUCCACCUGCAGACCACCGUCAAGAGGACUACGAGGGAGAGGGCUCCGUAUGAGAUGCUCAGGGAUAGCAUUGGCUUAGACAAGUUCUAAGCGUCGACGUUUUAAUUAAGUU